UGGCCGACAGUGGACUGACUUGCUAGAGAGGCUGUGACACCAAUCAAACUUCUUCCAGGGCAUCGCGUGAUAGCGGAAUUCCCCUAGAGUCAGGGGCUUUCCAGGACCAGAGCUGUUCAAUUCAUGAACGCGUACAGUUGCGUGAAGUUGUUUUGAGAGUAAAUACUGAAUGAAGCUAGAACAUACGUUUCCUUGAUGGAUAGUAUAUUUUCGUUUACGUUUUGUUAGACUUUUGCUAAAAUUUUAGCAAUCGUUUAUAGUCGCCGACGAUAAAUAGAAACUGCACGAGAUUUAUAUCAAACAUCACAGCUAUCCAAGAUUGAGAGUCCAGAGUCGGUUCGGAUGACCCUGCAGCACACAGAAUGGCAGGAGCACUCAGGAUGGAUGAUACACAGUAUGCAAUGAAGUUUGACAGUGAGUCUUUACAGUUUAUGGUGGGCCUCCCAUAUAUACAAUCACCGUUUGAGGUCAAAACUGAACCCUAUGUGCCAGAGACAGUUCAUGGACCUUACCUGCAGAUAAUUGAGGAACCAAAGCAGAGGGGAUUCAGAUUUCGUUAUGAAUGUGAGGGCCCAUCCCAUGGAGGCUUGCCUGGUGCCUCCAGUGAGAGAAACCGAAGGACAUAUCCCACAGUCAAGGUGUCAAACUAUGUGGGCCAUGCUCGUGUAGAAGUACAGUUAGUGACGCACACAGACCCCCCUCGUGUCCAUGCACACAGCCUUGUGGGACGCCAGUGUAACGACAGCGGUAUAUGUACCAUUGAUGUGGGGCCCAAUGAUCUCACAGCACAAUUCAGCAAUUUAGGCAUUCUCCAUGUCACUAAGAGAGGUGUGGCUGAAGUGUUAACAAAAAGGUUAAGAGAAGAGAAGCGAAGAAUGAAAGAGCCUGGAUAUAAGUUUACUGAUGCAGAGGAACAGGCUAUUUUUCAAGAGGCCAAGGAACUGGGCAAAAUCAUGGAUCUAAACAUCGUAAGAUUAAAAUUUACAGCUUAUCUUCAGGACAGCAAUGGGGGUUUCACCAGAGCCCUAAAGCCUGUUGUCUCCAACCCCAUCUAUGAUAGUAAAUCACCAAAUGCAUCCAAUCUGAAGAUUUCCCGCAUGGAUAAAACCUCUGGAUCAGUGCUGGGAGGAGAAGAGGUCUUUCUUCUCUGUGAUAAAGUUCAAAAAGAUGAUAUUGACAUCCGUUUUUAUGAGGAGGAAGAGGAUGGAGGAUGGGAGGCAUUUGGAGACUUCUCUCCCACUGAUGUUCACAAACAGUAUGCAAUCGUGUUUAAGACACCACCAUACCGCUGCACAGAUAUCACACGCCCUGUCACAGUGUUCCUGCAACUAAAGAGGAAGAAGGGUGGUGACUGCAGUGAACCCAAGCAGUUCACAUAUAUUCCACACAAUCAAGACAAAGAAGAGGUUCAGAGGAAGAGGUUGAAGGCCCUUCCUCAACCCUAUGAUCACUGGCGGGGAGGACCUCAAGGAGGAGCAGGGGGCUUUGGAGGUCCUGGAGCUGGAACAGGAGGAGGUGGAAUGGGAGGAAGUUUUCAAUAUAACCAUACAAUGGAUAGUUCAGGGUUUUAUGUUGGUGGAUGUGGUGGAUUUGGGGGAGGGGCACAGAUGUCAGGCUCCACUCCACAGAUGGAUAGAUCUCCCAAUCAGCCAACAAACACACAAACCCAGCCUGGUUCUCCAAUGCAACAGCAGCUCAUUCAGAUUGCCACUUUGACUGCAAAGUGCACUGCUCGUGCUUUGUUAGAAUACUGCAGCACGGGGGAUGUACGGCCCCUGGUGUUUCUGCAGAGACAUCUAUGUGGAGUGCAAGAUGAGAACGGAGACACGCCUCUACACCUUGCUAUUAUCCACCAGCAACCUGUUGUGGUGCAACAGCUCAUUCAAGCCAUGAUGAAAACGCCUCAGCAGAAGUUCAUCAACAAAAUCAAUAACCUCAGUCAGACUCCAUUGCAUCUGGCUGUAAUCACAAAGCAAACUAAGUUAGUUGAGAUGUUGAUGAAAACAGGUGCAGACCUGAGCCUGCUGGACCGAGACGGGCGGACAGCAGUUCACCUGGCCGCUCACACUGGUGAUGAGACCUUACUACAAGUGGUCUUAGGCCUGCUGGGAGAGCGCUAUGCCCAUCUAGUAAACUGCGCUGACUUCUCAGGUCAAUAUCCAGUCCAUCUUGCUGUGAGGAAAGACAGGGAGCACUGUCUUCAGUUGUUGGUCAAUGCUGGAGCAAAGAUUAACAUGCCUGAGCAGAAAAGUGGCUGCACAGCACUGCAUCUGGCAGUGAGGGACAACCUUUUAAAAGUGGCCUGUAGUCUUAUUACUGAGCUGAAAGCUGACGUGAAUGCAUGUACCUAUGGAGGCAACAGUCCUCUUCACUUUGCUGUCAGUCAGGGAUCUCCACCUCUCUGCUCCAUGCUGAUUGCUGCAGGUGCCGAUAAACGCUUGGAGAAUGAUGAGCCUCUUUUCUUCAGCUCGUCUUCCUCUGAUGAAGAUGAGGAGUAUGAAAUGAAUAAUGUUUCCGACAGGCAGCCUCAAGAUGAUGUGGUUCAGCAAGUUCAGUGCAUGUCGAUAUCAUCUGAGAGAGGUGCAUUUAACCCACGCAAGAGACCUGCUGCUGGGCACACACCAUUUGACCUGGCCAAAUGCCAAAAGGUUAGAGAUCUAUUAGAUGGCAGAAAAGGUCCCAAGUCCAGUUCACACUCCCCCAAGAGGACCAAAAUAUGCACAGACGAAGUGAGCCAGGGUUUGGACAGUGAGGUGCUCACAAAACUGUGUAGUAUUCUCAUUCAAGACCAUGUACCCUGGAGAGAGCUGGCAGAAAAACUGGGCAUGCUCACACUUACUCACCUGUACCAGGAGAGUCCGUCACCCUGCCAGAAGCUUCUCGAGAACUAUCAGUUGAGUGGUGGUCCUGUGGACGGCCUGGUGGAGGCGCUGCAGUCACUGGGUGUGAGUGAAGGAGUGAGACUGCUAAGAGACAGCCAACUCAAAGAGGACAAGCAGAGCACAGAUUCUACAGAGGACAGUGGCUUUGGGAGUCAGUCCAUCGGAGAGGAUAUAGCAAAUCCUGCAGUGGCCAAUCACUGAUUAGCAGGACAUGUUAAUUGAGAAUAACUUGGCACUUUAUCUGGCAGCCUCUGCUUGGACCGAUUUUGUUCAGGUGCAAACUAGUGGAUUAGACUGUUCAUCUCAAUCAAGUGGAAAUACAGCUCUUUUUUUUUCAUCACAGAAAGAUUGUAAAGGAUUUUUCUGAGGUCAAAAGCCCUCAGUGGUAUUACAUAAUUGAGUAAGAAAACAUGACAAAGGAGAUCAGUUGCUUUGAGACACAGAGUCUCCAAGGUUUGAAGUGAAGCAGUAGAUUUAGUGCAGACAUUUCAGCGCUUGUAUCUAAAGAGCAACUUGCUAACAGUGACUCAACAGUAAUGCACUUGUCAUUUCCACAGCACAACUGUAACCUUGGAAUAUAUCUGCAAAAUGUUCUAAUAAGGAUGAAGAAAGCUCUUUUUUUUUUUUUUUUGAUAAAACUGUUUGCAAAUCUCAUUGUGAUGCAAGUCAAAUCAAUUUAGUUCAGUUUAUUUUCUGAUUCAUCUAAAGACCUCUGACCGAUAAUGUUUAUUUAUGUGUACUUGUGGUUGCAAUUAUGCGCUUGUGCAGUGGAUGAGUAAAUAUGUUUGUUUGUUUUAAUAAAGCUGUUAUUCAGUGUCUAUACCAUUUUAUA